AACAUAACAGAUGAGUCGGAGGAAUUGAGUUUGAUCUACCUACGCCUGGAGAAGAUUCCGAUGAAAGAUUUCGCUGCGGAGAUCAGAGCACACUUGGAUGUGGAACAUUUUCUGAACCAGGCGCAGCUGAUGUUGGACAUGCAGGAGAACAACAUGAGUGAGAUACUCGACGUCAUGUUGAAACACCUGCUCGGAGACGAAGAGAGCGCUACUGCCUACAUCGAGGCCAAGAAGGUUCUCUUCACCAGGGACGCAGGUUGGCUGCUGUUUGUCUUAGCCAAGACCAUCCAAUGUACAUGCAGCACUUUCUGUGGAAGUUAUGAUUACGAUCCUUCCUGGGUCUGCGUUCUAUGCACGGUUUCUUCAGUGCAGAGGCGCCAUGUUGCCAUUGCUCGCCUGAGGAACCCGGCCAACUUCGGCAGGACCAGCCAGGAGGUGCUGUUCAUCAUUCUCGUCGUCACCAGCACCAAGGAGAAAGGAACGAAGACAGCGUUGGAAACGGGCCGAACGUUCGCCACGUUGUUUGCCGACGUCGAUCUAAGGCUGAGGCUGCUGGGAGCUCGCAACGAGCAGGAGUUCAAACAGCUGAUGUGGGAGCACAUGAAGGAUCUGGCAGAAGAACAACAAUGCAUGGGACAGGUGAUGAGAAUGAUGAUAAAGAUGAUGAUGAGAUUGAUGAGGAUAACGAAACUAUUCGAACACUGGAUGGGCAGUGGUUUGAUGGAGGAUUGGAAGAAGAGAGCCCCUCACUACCUUGCUGACUAUACUGAUGGUUUCUGUGGCCAAAACACGCUACACAAAACUCUCUCGACGACAUUUUUUCUCUACUUUGCCUGCAUUCUGCCAGCCAUCGCUCUUGGAGUCCUUUACUACAACAACACCUCUGGACCGUCUGGAGAGGGACAGAUAGAUGUCAGAAAAGUUAUAUACUCCCAGACGAUAUCCGGUUUAACGUUUGCCGUGUUUGGCGGGCAGCCCAUGGUCAUUCUGCUGACGACGGCUCCACUGGCCAUCUACACUAAGGUAAUUUUCAACAUUUGCGAAGACUUGAAGUUGGACUUUGCGGGCAUGUUUGCCUGCACUGGACUCUGGAACUCCUUCUUCUUGCUUAUAUACGCUUUCACGGACGCCAGCAAGUUAAUGCGUUGGUGCACACGAUCAACUGAAGAGAUUUUUGCUCUGUUCAUAUCACUGGCAUUGGCUGUGGAUGCCUUCAGAAACGUUUUUUACGACUUCAGGAUCAACUACCACUCUCCAGCAUGCUACAAGAACCAAUCCAUCCCGUCCUCUCCAUCGCUAUCUUCUUCUUCGUCUUCCUCCUCAUCCUCAACUGCACUCCUCAACAACAUAGAGGCAGGCGGAAAGCUGCUGGCGUAUGCGAGUGAAUGUUCCCGGGAGAACAGCUUGCUGUAUUUGUUGUUGAUGCUCGGUACGGCCUGGCUCGGUCUUUCGCUCUACAACUUUACGAAAACGCCUUUCUUGAAUGCCAGCAAGCGUGAGUUGAUGGCCGACUGUGCCCUGCCUGUCUCAGUUCUUCUCAUGUCCUUCUUUGGCUCCUAUCUUUUCAGAGACGUUAAACUUAAAAAGUUCAAGACGAUAGAUGGCAACAUAUUCACACCGGCUCCUCUCUCGAAGCUGGAAUGGCCUGCCAUCUUGGGAGGCAUGGGUUUGGGAUUCUGUCUCUCGCUCCUCUUCUUCAUGGAUCACUACAUUGCAGGAGCCCUUGUAAAUAGCACAGACAAUAGAUUGAAGAAAGGUUCAGCUUACCACUGGGACCUCAUGAUUAUUGGCCUCCUAAAUGCUUUCCUCUCUUUCUUCGGUCUGCCAUUGGUGCACGGAGCACUCCCUCACUCACCUCUGCACGUCAGAGCAAUGGCGGACGUGGAAGAUAGAGUUUAUCAGGGACAUGUUUAUCUGAAAAUCAUCAAAGCACGUGAGACUCGAGUGACGGGCAUCUGUUCGCACAUCCUCAUUGGCCUGUCACUUUUUUACAUAGAGGAGUUGAAGAAAAUACCUCGACCAGUACUUGAUGGACUCUUUUUGUAUCUUGCUAUCACUGCUCUGCACAGCAAUCAACUGUUUGAAAGAAUUAUGCUUAUGUUUACAGAACAGGCAGCUUACCCACCGAACCACUACAUCCGCACGGUUCCUCAAAGGAAGGUUCACCUCUUCACAUUACUUCAACUUUUGCAACUUGCAGUUCUUUGUGGGUUUGGUUUUUCCUCCAUACCGUACCUAAAAAUGGUUUUCCCUAUUUUACAUCUGGUUAUGCUUCCAAUAAGACAUAAGCUGGUGCCAUAUUUAAUAGAGAAAAAAUAUCUGCAAUCGUUGGAUGGGCAUUGAGGCGAACCCCAGACUCAAUAACGUCAAUCACAUAUUCGUCAUCAUCGUUAUUAACGAAAAUAACAUUUUUAAAUUAUUACGCUUCUAAUAUCUCAAAAUCAUUAAAAAAUAAUUUCAUUUAAGUAUUGAGAUAUCUGAACUGAACACGAUCAGAGCUUUGUUGUCACAACGAAAUAAUGAAUAAUGCAAAAUCAAGCAAGCAAUAAGGAAGCCAUCAAUCGAUGAUCGUUUUUCUAAAUGUUUUUGCUUAGAUAACUUUUAAAUAAAUUUAUAACGUUAUAUUAUUUAAUAGAAUAGAGCAACAAUUUUUAAGAUUUUUUUUACUAAAUAAGACGAAAUUAUUUCUUCUUUUGUUUUCACUUUUAAUUAAUAAAAAGCGUAGAAAUUUUCAAUCUAAUUUUUGCAAAGAUUAACGACUCUCUUUCACUUGAUGUACACUUUUGAAUUUUACAAUUAACAUAUUGAUAUUCACACAUAAUUUUUUGCCUGAACUUAAUAAAAUUUUUCAAACAUCACAUUUUUGAAUUUAACUUGGUUGCUGAACGUGAAUGGCCAAAUAUAUAGAAACAGUUCGGACACG